CUUUUACAGGAAGUUAGGUGUGGUCUUUGAAGGAGAAUUAAAAAAAAAAAAAAGGAUAAAAAGAAAAAAAGCAUGAUGGAAUUUUAGCUGCAGUCUUCUUGGUGCCAGCUUAUCAAUCCUAAACUCUUGGUGUAAAAGAUUCUGCAGGGCACUUUCUUACGCAAGGAGCUAAACAGUGAUUAAAGGAGCAGGAUGAAAAGAUGGCACAGUCAGUGCUGGUACCGCCAGGACCUGACAGCUUCCGCUUCUUUACCCGGGAAUCCCUUGCUGCUAUUGAACAACGCAUUGCAGAAGAGAAAGCUAAGAGACCCAAACAGGAGCGCAAAGAUGAGGAUGAUGAGAAUGGCCCAAAGCCAAAUAGUGACUUGGAAGCAGGAAAAUCCCUUCCAUUUAUUUAUGGAGACAUCCCUCCAGAGAUGGUGUCAGAGCCGUUGGAGGACCUGGACCCGUACUAUAUCAAUAAGAAAACAUUCAUAGUAUUGAAUAAAGGGAAAGCAAUCUCUCGAUUCAGUGCCACCCCUGCCCUAUACAUUUUAACUCCCUUCAACCCUAUUAGAAAAUUAGCUAUUAAGAUUUUGGUACAUUCUUUAUUCAAUGUGCUCAUUAUGUGCACUAUUCUUACCAACUGUGUGUUUAUGACCAUGAGUAACCCUCCAGACUGGACAAAGAAUGUGGAGUACACCUUUACAGGAAUUUAUACUUUUGAAUCACUUAUAAAAAUACUUGCAAGGGGAUUUUGUUUAGAAGAUUUCACAUUUCUACGAGAUCCAUGGAAUUGGUUGGAUUUCACUGUCAUUACUUUUGCAUAUGUGACAGAGUUUGUGGACCUGGGCAAUGUCUCAGCGUUGAGAACGUUCAGAGUUCUCCGAGCAUUGAAAACAAUUUCAGUCAUUCCAGGUCUGAAGACCAUUGUGGGGGCCCUAAUUCAAUCGGUGAAGAAGCUCUCAGACGUAAUGAUCCUGACUGUGUUCUGUCUGAGCGUGUUUGCCCUAAUAGGAUUACAGCUGUUUAUGGGCAACCUGAGAAAUAAAUGUUUGCAGUGGCCCCCAGAUAAUUCUUCCUUGGAAAUAAACAUCACCUCCUUCUUUAAUAACUCAUUGGAUGGGAAUGGUACCACUUUCAAUAGGACAGUGAGCAUGUUUAACUGGGAUGACUAUAUUGAAGAUAAAAGUCACUUUUAUUUUUUGGAAGGGCAAAAUGAUGCUCUGCUUUGUGGCAACAGCUCAGAUGCUGGCCAGUGUCCAGAAGGAUACAUCUGUGUGAAGGCUGGUCGAAACCCCAACUAUGGCUACACAAGCUUCGACACCUUUAGCUGGGCUUUCUUGUCCCUAUUUCGUCUCAUGACUCAAGACUUCUGGGAAAACCUUUAUCAACUGACACUACGUGCUGCUGGGAAAACAUACAUGAUAUUUUUUGUGCUGGUCAUUUUCUUGGGCUCAUUCUACCUUAUAAAUUUAAUCCUGGCUGUGGUGGCCAUGGCCUAUGAGGAACAGAAUCAAGCAACGCUGGAAGAGGCUGAACAGAAGGAAGCUGAAUUUCAGCAGAUGCUGGAACAAUUAAAAAAGCAACAAGAAGAAGCUCAGGCAGCAGCUGCAGCAGCAUCUGCUGAAUCAAGAGACUUCAGUGGUGCUGGUGGGAUUGGGGUUUUCUCAGAGAGUUCUUCAGUAGCAUCAAAGUUGAGCUCGAAGAGUGAAAAAGAGCUGAAAAACAGAAGGAAGAAAAAGAAACAGAAAGAACAGUCUGGAGAAGAAGAGAAGGAAGAUGGGGUCCACAAAUCUGAAUCUGAAGACAGCAUAAGAAGAAAAGGUUUCCGGUUUUCCUUAGAAGGAAGCAGGCUGACAUAUGAAAAGAGGUUUUCCUCUCCACACCAGUCUUUAUUGAGCAUCCGUGGCUCCCUUUUCUCUCCAAGACGCAACAGUAGGGCGAGCCUUUUCAGCUUCAGAGGUCGAGCCAAGGAUAUCGGCUCUGAGAAUGACUUUGCCGAUGAUGAGCACAGUACCUUUGAAGACAAUGACAGCAGAAGAGACUCUCUGUUUGUGCCACACAGACAUGGGGAGCGGCGCCACAGCAACGUCAGCCAGGCCAGCCGUGCCUCCAGGGUGCUCCCCAUUCUGCCCAUGAACGGGAAGAUGCACAGUGCUGUGGACUGCAAUGGAGUGGUCUCCCUGGUCGGGGGCCCUUCUGCCCUCACAUCUCCUGCUGGGCAGCUCCUGCCAGAGGGCACGACUACUGAAACAGAAAUAAGAAAGAGACGGUCCAGUUCUUAUCAUGUUUCCAUGGAUCUGUUGGAAGAUCCUACAGCAAGGCAAAGAGCAAUGAGCAUGGCUAGUAUAUUGACCAACACCAUGGAAGAACUUGAAGAAUCCAGACAGAAAUGCCCACCCUGCUGGUAUAAAUUUGCUAACACGUGUUUGAUUUGGGACUGUUGUAAGCCAUGGCUAAAAGUGAAACAUCUCGUCAAUCUGGUCGUGAUGGACCCAUUUGUUGACCUGGCCAUCACCAUCUGCAUCGUCUUAAAUACCCUCUUCAUGGCCAUGGAGCACUAUCCCAUGACAGAGCAGUUCAGCAGUGUGCUGUCUGUUGGGAACCUGGUUUUCACAGGGAUCUUCACAGCAGAAAUGUUUCUCAAGAUAAUUGCCAUGGAUCCAUAUUAUUACUUUCAAGAAGGCUGGAAUAUUUUUGAUGGUUUAAUCGUGAGCCUUAGUUUAAUGGAACUUGGUUUAGCAAACGUGGAAGGAUUGUCAGUUCUUCGAUCAUUUCGGCUGCUCAGAGUUUUCAAACUGGCAAAAUCUUGGCCAACUCUGAAUAUGCUGAUAAAGAUCAUUGGCAAUUCAGUGGGAGCUCUGGGUAACCUCACCUUGGUGUUGGCCAUCAUUGUCUUCAUUUUUGCCGUGGUCGGCAUGCAGCUCUUUGGUAAGAGCUACAAAGAAUGUGUCUGCAAGAUUUCCAAUGAUUGUGAACUCCCACGCUGGCACAUGCAUGACUUCUUCCACUCCUUCCUAAUUGUGUUCCGGGUUCUGUGUGGAGAGUGGAUAGAGACCAUGUGGGACUGCAUGGAGGUUGCUGGUCAAACCAUGUGCCUUACUGUCUUCAUGAUGGUCAUGGUGAUUGGAAACCUAGUGGUUUUGAACCUCUUCCUGGCCUUACUCUUGAGUUCAUUCAGUUCUGACAAUCUUGCUGCCACUGAUGAUGAUAAUGAAAUGAACAACCUCCAGAUUGCUGUGGGAAGGAUGCAGAAAGGAAUCGAUUAUGUUAAAAGAAAAAUACGUGAAUUUAUUCAGAAAGCUUUUGUUAGAAAGCAAAAAGCUUUAGAUGAAAUUAAACCUCUUGAAGACCUAAAUAACAAAAAAGACAGCUGUAUUUCCAACCAUACCACCAUAGAAAUAGGCAAAGACCUCAAUUAUCUCAAAGAUGGAAAUGGAACCACAAGUGGCAUAGGCAGCAGCGUAGAAAAAUAUGUCGUGGAUGAAAGUGAUUACAUGUCAUUUAUAAACAACCCCAGCCUCACUGUGACUGUACCAAUUGCUGUUGGAGAAUCUGACUUUGAAAAUUUAAAUACUGAAGAAUUCAGCAGCGAGUCAGAUAUGGAGGAAAGCAAAGAGAAGUUAAAUGCAACUAGUUCAUCUGAAGGCAGCACAGUUGAUAUAGGAGCUCCCGCUGAGGGAGAACAACCUGAAGUUGAGCCUGAAGAAUCUCUGGAACCUGAAGCCUGUUUUACGGAAGACUGUGUGCGAAAGUUUAAAUGUUGUCAGAUAAGCAUAGAAGAAGGCAAAGGGAAACUCUGGUGGAACGUGAGAAAAACUUGCUAUAAGAUAGUGGAGCAUAACUGGUUCGAAACCUUCAUUGUCUUCAUGAUUCUGCUCAGCAGUGGGGCACUGGCCUUUGAAGAUAUAUAUAUUGAACAGCGAAAAACCAUUAAGACCAUGUUAGAAUAUGCUGACAAAGUUUUCACUUACAUAUUCAUCCUGGAAAUGCUUCUCAAGUGGGUUGCAUAUGGCUUUCAAGUGUAUUUUACCAAUGCCUGGUGCUGGCUAGAUUUCCUGAUUGUUGAUGUCUCAUUGGUUAGCUUAACUGCAAAUGCUCUGGGCUACUCAGAACUUGGUGCCAUCAAAUCCCUCAGAACACUAAGAGCUCUGAGGCCAUUGAGAGCCUUAUCCCGCUUUGAAGGAAUGAGGGUUGUUGUAAAUGCUCUUUUAGGAGCCAUUCCAUCGAUAAUGAAUGUACUUCUGGUUUGUCUGAUCUUUUGGUUAAUAUUCAGUAUUAUGGGGGUGAAUCUCUUUGCUGGCAAAUUUUAUCACUGUAUUAACUACACCACUGGAGAAAUGUUUGAUGUCAGUGUGGUCAACAACUACAGCGAAUGUAAGGCCCUCAUAGAGAGCAACCAAACUGCCCGGUGGAAGAAUGUGAAAGUCAACUUUGAUAAUGUGGGACUUGGGUAUCUUUCCCUGCUUCAAGUAGCAACAUUUAAGGGAUGGAUGGAUAUCAUGUAUGCAGCUGUUGAUUCACGAAAUGUAGAAUUACAACCCAAGUAUGAAGACAAUCUGUACAUGUAUCUUUAUUUUGUUAUCUUUAUUAUUUUUGGUUCGUUCUUCACUCUCAAUCUUUUCAUUGGUGUCAUCAUAGAUAACUUCAACCAACAGAAAAAAAAGUUUGGAGGUCAAGACAUUUUUAUGACGGAAGAACAGAAGAAAUACUACAAUGCAAUGAAAAAACUGGGUUCAAAGAAACCACAAAAACCCAUACCUCGACCUGCUAACAAAUUCCAAGGAAUGGUCUUUGAUUUUGUAACCAAACAAGUCUUUGAUAUCAGCAUCAUGAUCCUCAUCUGCCUCAACAUGGUCACCAUGAUGGUAGAAACCGAUGAUCAGAGUCAAGAAAUGACAAACAUCCUGUACUGGAUUAAUCUGGUGUUUAUUGUUCUGUUCACUGGAGAAUGUGUACUGAAACUAAUCUCUCUUCGUUAUUACUAUUUCACCAUAGGAUGGAAUAUUUUUGAUUUUGUGGUGGUCAUUCUCUCCAUUGUAGGCAUGUUUCUGGCUGAGUUGAUAGAGAAAUAUUUUGUGUCCCCUACCCUGUUCCGAGUGAUCCGUCUUGCCAGGAUAGGCCGAAUCCUGCGUCUGAUCAAAGGGGCGAAGGGGAUCCGCACGCUGCUCUUUGCUUUGAUGAUGUCCCUUCCUGCGUUGUUUAACAUCGGCCUCCUGCUCUUCCUGGUCAUGUUCAUCUACGCCAUCUUUGGCAUGUCCAACUUCGCCUAUGUUAAGAGGGAAGUUGGAAUUGAUGACAUGUUCAACUUUGAAACCUUUGGCAACAGCAUGAUCUGCCUGUUCCAGAUCACCACCUCUGCUGGCUGGGAUGGGUUACUAGCACCUAUUCUCAACAGUGGACCUCCAGACUGUGACCCUGAAAAAGAUCACCCUGGAAGUUCUGUUAAGGGAGACUGUGGGAACCCCUCUGUUGGGAUUUUCUUUUUUGUCAGUUACAUCAUCAUAUCGUUUCUGGUUGUGGUGAACAUGUACAUCGCUGUCAUCCUGGAGAACUUCAGUGUUGCUACUGAAGAAAGUGCAGAGCCCCUGAGUGAGGAUGACUUUGAGAUGUUCUACGAGGUUUGGGAGAAGUUUGACCCAGAUGCCACCCAGUUCAUAGAGUUCUCCAAGCUCUCUGAUUUUGCGGCUGCCCUGGAUCCUCCGCUUCUCAUAGCAAAACCAAACAAAGUCCAGCUCAUUGCCAUGGAUCUGCCCAUGGUCAGUGGGGACAGGAUCCACUGCCUUGACAUCUUAUUUGCCUUUACAAAGCGUGUUUUGGGUGAAAGUGGAGAGAUGGAUGCCCUUCGAAUACAGAUGGAAGAGAGAUUCAUGGCAUCGAACCCCUCCAAAGUCUCCUAUGAGCCCAUUACAACCACUUUGAAACGCAAACAAGAGGAAGUGUCUGCUAUUGUUAUCCAGAGGGCUUAUAGACGCUACCUCUUGAAGCAAAAAGUUAAAAAAGUUUCAUGUAUAUAUAAGAAAGACAAAGGCAAAGAAGGUGAUGGAACACCCAUCAAAGAAGAUACCCUCAUAGAUAAACUAAAUGAGAAUUCAACUCCAGAGAAAACUGAUGGAACACCCUCCACCACAUCUCCACCUUCCUAUGAUAGUGUGACCAAACCAGAAAAAGAAAAAUUUGAAAAAGACAAAUCAGAAAAGGAAGACAAAGGGAAAGAUAUCAGGGAAAGUAAAAAGUAA